AUGGGAUAUGAUAGAGCCCGUUUCCUGGGGGAUGUGGAUGAAGAUCUCAUCUGUCCCAUCUGCCGUGGCGUUCUGGAGGAGCCCAUGCAGGCGCCUAACUGUGAGCAUGCCUUCUGUAAUAACUGCGUCUCCAAGGGGUCCUCCUGGCAGCAGACGUGCCCUGUGGACGGAAGCGUGGUGACGGUCCCCCACCUGCGCCCCAUUCCCCGAAUCAUGCGGAACAUGCUGUCCAAACUCCAAAUCACCUGCGACAAUGCCGUCGCCGGUUGCAGUGCCAUCCUGAGGCUCGACACCCUCAUGACUCAUCUCACCAACUGUGAGCAUAACCCCAAGUGUCCUCUGGUCUGCAAGCAUGGCUGUGGCCUAGAGAUGUCCAAAGGGGAGCUGUCCAACCACAACUGCAUCAAGUAUCUACACUCCAUGGUCCAACAGCAGGAGAUGCACAUCGCCGAGCUGGAGAAGACAUCCGCGGAGCAGAAAUAUCAGUUGGCAGAACAGAAGCGAGAUAUUCAGCUGCUGAAGGCCUAUGCCCAGGCUCUCCAAAAAGCUAAUCCCAUCCUUGGGGAAUUGGAAGAAUGCAGCCAGCACAAUGAGAUCCUACAGGAGGUGAACUCCCUGCAGCCAGAAAGAAUGACCAGCCAGGAGGGCGAGCGUCCCACCCCGAAUCCUUCACACCAAGCAAUGAUUAAGACUUCAUCAGUAGAGAGUGACUGUCGUGCCAUCGCCAAUAAGCUGAGGAAGAACACCGCCAAGAGCAGCUGGCCCUUGGGCUUGGACACACGAGAGACAGGUCAGAUCAAAGUGCAGACUGGGCUGUUGCAUGGCCAAGCAGUGAUGGGUAAUGCUUGGGAGAAGGAUCCCAUGGAUGAUGGCCAAAGACCAGAGACUGGGUCUGGGGUGAUGUUUGCUCUCUGGUGUCUAGGAAAUGAAUGGAACCACAUUGAGGCUCUCAAGGAAGAAUGA